GCUUCAAUGGCAGAACUAUGUGCGAAGUAACUGAGUAGUUAAUGUGAUGUUUUGUGAGGGCAAUAACGAGAAUGCCAAUACAGGCACCACAGUGGACUGAAUUUCUUUCUUGUCCAGUUUGCUGUCAUGACUUUGAUGUGGCCCUACGUGGUCCAAUAUCCUUAGGAUGUGGUCAUACCAUAUGUCGUACGUGCCUUGCAAAUUUACAUCGUAAACAGUGCCCUUUUGAUCAGAGUGUUAUUAACACAGAAAUAGAAAGAUUACCAGUAAAUGAAGCUUUACUACAAUUAGUGGGAAAUCCUGUUCCCACAAAUGUUGCAACAGCUUAUCAAAAAUUAUUACCACCUGAAGACCAUGCUAAUUAUUUGGUUGCUAAACGUUGCAUUGAGGAACUUGCUCUAUAUCUCAAACCAUGUCAGACAAAUCCUUCUUUGGCCACAGGUGUAGGACUUGUUUCUCGACCUAUGCAAAGAAAAUUAGUAACUCUGGUGGGUUGUCAGUUGGUUGAACCAGAAGGAAGAGCCCGUGCAGUAAGAGCAGCUAGAAGUUUAGGUGAAAGAUCAGUUACAGAAUUAAUACUCCAACAUCAAAAUCCACAACAACUUAAUGCUAAUUUAUGGGCUGCUGUACGUGCUCGUGGAUGUCAAUUUCUUGGACCAGCAAUGCAAGAAGAAGUACUCAAACUUGUUCUAUUGGCUUUGGAAGAUGGAUCUGCUCUUUCUAGGAAAGUGUUGGUUAUGUUUGUAGUUCAACGUUUAGAAUCACAUUUUCCUCAAGCUUCUAAAACGAGUAUAGGACAUGUUGUACAAUUGUUAUAUAGGGCAAGUUGUUUCAAGGUAUCUAAACGAGAAGGAGAUUCGUCAUUAAUGCAAUUAAAAGAAGAAUUUAGAACAUAUGAAGCUUUGAGAAGAGAGCAUGAUGCCCAGAUAGUGCAAAUUGCAACUGAAGCUGGUUUAAGAAUAGCACCUGAUCAAUGGUCUGCAUUGUUAUAUGGAGAUACCAGUCAUAAGUCUCAUAUGCAAAGUAUUAUAGAUAAACUUCAAACUCCACAAUCUUUUGCUCAAAGUGUACAAGAAUUGGUUAUUGCUCUUCAACGUACUCCCGAUCCUGGACAAUUAAGUAGUUUAAGACCACAAUUAGAACUGCUAGCAGCAAUAGAUCCCAGCCCAGAAACUGAACCUCCUACAUUAGCAGAAUGUCGUGCAGCGUUAGAAGCUGUUAGAACUGUAGUUGCAGCGUUAGUAGAAUUUAUUCAACAACAUGGUAAUCGAAAGACACAAGAUGGUACACACAAUGUAGGUCCUGGUCAACCAAAAUAUAAAGUGAGCAUGUGUCGAGAUCUUGCACUUCGAGGAUCUUGUCCUAGAUCUACUAAUUGUACAUUUGCUCAUAGUGAUAUGGAACUGGAUAAGUACAGAUCAAAAAAUCGGAAAUUAAGUCUUAGGUCAAAUUUACCUGUAGCAAACAACUCAGAUAUGAAAACAGACAAGUCAGUUACUGGAUCAAAUAACAAGACAUUCAAACAGAAUGACGAUACAUCUUAUCAUUCCAUAAAAUCACAUGAUAAUACUCAUAGAGAAAAUUUUAAUUCUAUGAAUAAAGUUAAUCCAGUACAGCAUCAUACUCCAACAAAUGAGAACAAGUUUAUUGGGUCAUUGACGAAUUAUAUGCUACCAUCACCUCAAGGAAUGUUGCCUACGGUACCAACUAAAAAUAUGGAUAUGCAUUGCUCCCAUUACAUUAUGCCUAACGCACCUGUUGAUUAUCCAACACCUAAUCUCGGUAUGUGGGACUUAUCGCAAGUUUCACCUAGUGUGACAAAUGGAAUUUCCAAUACUAAAAAGCAGCGAACAGUCGCCAAAACAUUGGCUAUGUUGCUGCAACGCAGGAUGGAAAUUUUAAAUCAACUUGAAACAAUUGUCAACAAACAAGUGCCGCAAAUGAAGACGAAUUAUGACAUACAAGGAGAUGCGUUAUCAUCAAAUUUCUCUAUAUGGACAAACACGCCUAACAGUCCCAUGGUUCCUCCAUGGAAUAUAAACUGUAAUAACAAUUUUCGAUGCACAGAUCCUAUCCUAUUUGAUGAUGAAUUUGUGCCAUUUGAUGCAUCAUCUAGUAGUAAAUAUGGACCAAUUUCUAAAUUAUCUAAAAACUUAAUCAGGUAAUUGUUUCCAAGGAUUCAUCAAAUGAAAUUUUUCAGAAAGAAUACAAUAAAAAGAUUCACUUCUAUUAUAGCUUAUGCUACUAUUGGUGCAAAUGGAGGAAUACAAUCUAUUAAUAAUACUGGCUUUGGUGACAGUUAUAUUACUUUCGGUCGCAAUAUAUCUGAUUCAUCAACGCACACGCAACUUCCACGACCAGAAUGCAUGUCCAAAGACUUAAUUCUUGAAUCACAAAAAGUAAAACAGCAAUUGAAACAUCUUGAGAAAAAGAUUAAUGAUUUGAAGCUUGCUACACAAGGAGCAACCUUCACAGCUGGAGAAAGAUUAGCACAAGAGUUACAAAUGAUUGAAGCUGGUAUUAGAGAAAAAGAAAAGGACGUGCGAAAUUGGAGCCCGUAUGGUACAGUACCUUGGAUUCAAUCGUCGAACAAUUUACUUAGUUCACAAAAUUUCAAUCAGGAUUAUAAACCCGAAGAAGAAGAUACCUAUGAAGCUGGUAUUGCAAAUGACAUGCGGGAAUUAGAAUUGCGAUGGGAAUUUGAACUUCAAGAACAGGAAAAGCAUUGGUCGAGUGAAGAGGACAAUUCUAAAAAAUAA